GGACGCAAGAGUUUUUCGCGCCGGAGUUCUACUCAAUUUUGGACGUUCACCCUGUAGACGCUCGCGUUUUUUUGAAAUUAUUUUUCGUGCGCAAUUUAACACAAGACAUUAAUGUUGGAAAUGUGACGUGAGCAAUUUUUUUUUCAGAAGAUGUCAUUUAUUAUUUUAGGGUGUCUGGUGCUUUUGGAUAAAAUUUUAAUUUCAGAGUGACAAGUGGAGUGAUUUAAAAAUAUAAAGAGAUGGCAUAUCUGUGCUGCGAAUUGUGUUAAUUGUUUGAAUAAAAUAGGGUCCUACGAAAUCUUAGAGCGUUGCGGAAGCUUUCAAAUUGUUGGAAGGAAAGUUUAAUUAAUUUCCAACGACGGUAUUGCACGAUACCUUUUAAUAAUUACUAAGUGUAAGUAGAGAAGAAGCAUCGAUUAAAUUAAGUAAUUAAAAUGAAAGUGUUCAGUGCGUCUAGAAAAGUAUCGAUAGCAAACAGGCGUCCAUCGUGAUUUAGCGCUAAAUUGAAUUUAAAACUAAAAUGGAGAUAAAAGCUCAGCAUAAAGUGAUGUCUGUGAACAACAAAGUAAUUUACUAGAGUUGUGUGGAAUAUACAGCAGAAGAUACAAAGGAAUGCUUUCUCAUAAACAUGCAGAAACCAUUACGAGAGCUCGGCUUAAAACGUUUAUGGUCGGCGGUGAAGUCAACUAACAACAAUACAGAACCACAGGGUGAACAGGGUUUAGAGUCUACCAUAGAGGAAACGAAACCCGGUCCUAACUGCUCGCUUCCCUUAUUGCAGGUUUGGCCGAGUGCGGAUUCUCCGAGAGGCGAAGCAGAUGGACAGAGUUUUGUUUUCCCAGUUUGUGCCGAAGAUGCCACCUCUCAACACUCCACGUGUUUUGAAAUCAGCCAUCACAAUGACUCCGGAAUUGAGUCCACGCAGGUGUCGCCGUCACCAGUCCCAUGUGCCUCAUCGUCCCCCAUCCACUCGCCCACCCCCAGCCUCCGUCGACCAAGCAGCGCUCUGCUCCACCCCGACCACGCCAGGCUCCUCCGCCUGUACCCGAUAUCAUCCCCCGAGCAGACCUCCAUGGAAGACGUGUCCGACUCCCAGAACAACCACGUGAUAUCGCCUUCGUCAUCCACGACUUCCUCGUUGACGUCCGUCGCCGCCGCCGUGUCGGCGGCCUCCCGCGCCAGCGACUCCGCCGACAGCCGCCGCCGCUCUUCCACGAUGACGGCGCGCUACUCCCUCUUCGACGCCCUCGACCUGGAGUACGCGCUUCUGCGGGCGGCGGCCAGGGGCAGCGUGGGCCCGUACUCCCUCAGCGAGAGCCUCCACAAGCUGACCUUCACCCAGAGCCUGGCCUUCCCGGCCUUGGCCCGAGGCCUGGCGGGCAAGCGGCGGCGCUCGCAGCAGAACAACAACACCCGCCCCCUGGACCCGUCGGAGAGCGGCCUCAACGCCUUCGCGAAAGUGGUGACUGCGCUAGUUCUUGUUCUAGUUAGUGUUCUGGUGUUCGCUGUGGUCUACAAGUUCGUGAGGACGUGAGGAUUGCUCCUGGCUCCCGCUGGAGGAGCAAGGAAUGCGCGGUUUGCCGUCGGGAGGAACACGUCUGGGGCGUCCACUGGGUACCGGAAUCCAGGGGACGUUACGUGAAAGCGAAGCUUACGAAGAAAUCGUAGUGUUCGUGAUAGCAGAAAUGCGAAAUUAUACGGUUUCAAGGAAUUGAUUGUAGUCACGUAGCGUAGAUGGGGGCUUUAGUCUUAAAGCUAAAUCCUUGAAUUAUUCGCGAUUGUAGUUACGGUAUGAUGCUACGGAGGAAUUUUUAUUGUGUAAUAACGUAUACAAAGCCUUUGUAAACCAGCGUAAAUCCUUGUGGAAUUGUGGGAUGAUUGUUAUUACGUUUUUUGUUUUGUUGGCGAGUGGUGGAGCUAUUCCGGCACGAAGGUGACAUUUGCUUACAAUUAAAUAUUAGUUUUCAGGAUGCGUGUAAAAUGCAAGGUUUUUAUUGACUUGAACACAAAUAGAUGUGAAAUUAUUCUGUCUGUGCAUUUAUGUCGUGCACGUUAUUUGUAUAGGAAUAUUUCAAAAGCGCAUUCCGUGUAAAUAAUGUAGGUACAGUAUGAGUGAAGUAAGGAACGAAAAUUUAGGUUAUUUCCCUAAAAAUUUAAAAUCUUCGUGGGGUGAAGAAAUUAUGCAGUAGAGAAUAUGUGUAUUAACUACUUUUUUAAAACUAUACUUCACAUUAUUCGUCAGAUGUUCGUGCGGAAUAGCUUCAUGUUGUCUCUCAUGGCUAAAGAUCCCUAUCGUGAAAGGAUAUUCGCUUAUUGAUCCGCUGAUUAUUUUUUAUAAAACCAACUUUAUUUGUCUGUUAGUUUUUAAUAACCUUUGUAAAACAUCAGAAAAUAAUGGCCUUACAAUACAUAAAAUGAUUGUUUUUUGAGUGAUAGUAUGUUUGCAUAUCAUAGUGUUUUUCUUAAAUCAGUAAUUAAAUUGCAUAAUAAAAC